AACUACAGUUUUCAAGAAAUGCAGCAAGCUUACUCUUUACCUUCAAGUCAGAGUCGUGAAAACAUGAACCCUAGUCAACAGUGGGAAGAAACUCAGGAGUCUGAUGUAGGAAGUGGAGAUGAGGGAUCAAGUGGACAAGGGGGAGGUGAAGAUUGGUCUGAUGGUCGAGAAAGUGGAGGAAGAGGACGGAAAGGGAAAAAGGGGAGUCCAAAAAAUAAACUUGAGCGAAGCAGACAAAGUGCUCGAGAAUGCCGCCAAAGAAAGAAACUUAGAUAUCAAUACCUUGAUGACCUAAUUCUUGCAAGGGAAAGAGCAAAUUUUCUGCUAAGAGAAGAAUUAGAAAAAUAUGUAUCUUGGUGUAAGGAGCUGGAUCAAGGUCGUCUUCCUGAGGGAUGGAACGCAUUCUUACAACAGGAACAAAUAAAGCAUGAGGUUGGAGAAUGAAGGUGGUUCUACAAGUGGUCGACAAUCAAAAUAUAUGAACAAGAUGAUUCGAAUUCAAAUCUUAAAAAUACAAAUGAUCAAAUAGACUGAACUUAAAAUUAAACCAAUGUCUUAAUACCUAGUGUGUCCCUUUUAAUCAUAACAAUGUACAUACAACAUACCAUAUUUAAUACUUUCUCACUUUAUAUUCUGUAACUUUUAUUAUUUAGACAACUUGUUCUCUAGUUUUAACUCUUCAUGGGCAUUAUAUAAACCCCUAUUGUUGUACACUGUGUUUGUACCUGAAUGUUGUUUAUAAACUUUUAUAAAUAUAAUCAUACGUUUA